CCGCCCGUGCCCAGGAAUUUCCCGUCAUGCCUCCCGCCGCCCCGUCUGUCGCCCGGAGCCGGGAGGGAGGAGGGAUCGGACAGCGGCGGCUCGUCUUCCCCAAGAGUGCUCGGCGGACCCUCCCGCGCCCAAUCGCGCUCUGCCUGGGACUCUGUCUAGCCGCGGCCGCGGCCACAACGCCGCGCGCUUCUGCUGCUGCCUUUGCCUCUGCUGGAGAUACCACAGCUAUGUCUGCCUUCAACCUGCUGCACUUGGUGACGAAGAGCCAGCCCGUGGCCCUGAGAGCCUGCGGGCUCCCCUCAGGGUCAUGUAGGGAUAAAAAGAACUGUAAGGUGGUCUUUUCCCAGCAGGAACUGAGGAAGCGACUGACACCCCUACAGUACCAUGUCACUCAGGAGAAAGGAACUGAAAGUGCCUUUGAAGGAGAGUAUACACAUCACAAAGAUCCUGGAAUAUAUAAAUGCGUUGUCUGUGGAACUCCACUGUUCAAGUCAGAAACCAAAUUUGACUCUGGUUCAGGCUGGCCUUCCUUCCAUGAUGUGAUCAGUUCGGAGGCCAUCGAGUUCACAGAUGAUUUUUCCUAUGGGAUGCACAGGGUGGAAACAAGCUGUUCUCAGUGUGGUGCUCAUCUUGGGCACAUUUUUGACGAUGGACCUCGCCCGACCGGCAAAAGAUACUGCAUCAACUCAGCAUCCUUGUCCUUCACUCCUGCAGACAGCAGUGAGGCAGAAGGAAGCGGCAUCAAAGAGAGUGGCAGCUCAGCAGCAGCAGACAGAGCUGAGCUGUAAAAUCAGGGGUAGCGGUGGAAACAAAGUGUUCUUAAUGCACAGCUGAUUGAAAAACCAAAAAGUGGUUUAUCUUAACAGAGCUAUUUUUUCAGAAGCUAUAAUGGCAGUUUAUGCUGUUGAAAAUGUUCUCUCUCUCUCUCUCUCUCUCUCUCUCUCUCUCUCUCUCUCUCUCUCUCUCUCUGGCAGUUCUGCCCAUCCAUGUAUUUUGCUGUUGACUAAGUCCAGAACUGUGUGUAGGUCUUGCAAACGGAGAUAGCUUUGUGGAGCUUCUUGAUAAGCUUCCCAGUAGCCUUGGCAUCAUUUUCUUCCAGCGCAUACCUUCCUUUAAGUUUUGUCCUUAUAGGUACCCUCCUUUUGAUUAAGAGGUGGAGGCCAUGUAGUGACAUCAGAGAGCUGGUGCUCAGUGGCAAAGAGAAGAGCUGGCAAGGGCCGAGCAUCUAGACAUGUGGCCUUUACCAUAACGAUUGAGCGCUGCAUUAGAUUGCUAGGCUGUGCGGAAAGUCUGAGCUAAGGUUGUUUUUUCUCACUCGAAGGGUGUGAAGGUCUGAAGUCGUUCCUUAUGUUACAUUGUUGCCAGAUGUGAGAGGGCUCGCUGAAGGUUGCCGCAGAUAUGCAAAACAUUACCUCUGGGCAGGUCUUUAUUUUAUAUUAUUUUCCACUGAAAACAGCAGAAUGUAAGACAAGGGUAAAAUACUGGGCUCCAUUUUUUUUGUUCAAAGUUCACAAAGAAGAACGCUUGCCCGUUGCCUCUGCGUAAGCCUUUCUCUGCUUGCCUCAAGUGAACUCCAUCUGGAUGAGCAUUUUAGAUUUCCCCAGUGCAAAAUAAAAUAUUAGGGACAACACACUUCAUCAGUAGGAAAGAGAGAGAUCAGAGAAGACCUAGCAUGAAGUCUUGAGCAGUAAAUAAUCCCACGCUGUGCAAAAAGGUACUGCACCUGAACCAGACUUUUACAUAGAUAGCAUCAGGAGAUGGGAGCAAGGAUGUUGGGGAUUAAGACAGAAUAGUCAGGCCCAAGGUCCACACUUCACUGUGUGUACAAGGGACAAGCCAUUUAGCCCCGUUGUGCCUAUAUCUUCUUAUACACAAUAGGACUCAUAUCUUUAUAAAAUAUACUGAUACUCUCAGGGCAACAUUACUGUAUUGCUGUACAAUUAAUAAGAUCAGUAUUGUAAAAUCACACUCAUCCGGUUGUAAUUGCACAGAGCAGGCCAGAUUUGCAAUGGGAAGAAGCAGAGGUGGACUUCGUUGGUUGGUAUGGAAAUAGCCGAAAGCCAGACCUUUAUCUUGUAACAAUAUAGCAGGUUUUGCUUGCAGAAGCUCUGCAUGGUAGAGUGAGGUUUACACAGGGCUGAUCGAAGUUGAUAGCAGUUCAAGGUGCUGUCUCACCAGUAAGUGUUGUGAUUUUGAAUGCUAAUCCUGAAAUGUGGCUUUAAAAGACACUUAGACUUCUAAAUUUUUGAAGAAGACUGGCAUCUGCCCCUCAUAAUUAUUAAUGAUGAUGAGAACAGACAUGUGACAGUUACAGACACAGUGGGAAGCAAUAAAAGCUAGGGCAAGCAAGCUGAGACCACCCAUGUCCAGCAGCUUCUUUCUGCCUUUCUCCAGGUACCUCCUGGAGGUCCUGACAUCUAGCUGAGUCUUCAGUAUCGCCCAGUUCUAGAGACGUCCAUGCUUUUAACUUGGUACAUACAGGAAAAUCACCUAAGCAUUGGGGUCCCCCAGCUCCAGAUGUUUACCACACGCUCAGGGCCUCUCUGCAUACCCUGGGCUUCAUUCUUCUCUAGAAACAUGGGGAGAGCUCCGGGCGAGGCUUCCAGACUUCCACAAAGUUUUCACAUCAUUGGGAAGGAGCCCAUGUAGGUUGGCUAAGGACAGACAUGGGUCUCACAUGACAUUGUCAUAGCUUGGCAUCCAUCCUUCAGAGACACACACAGCCCUUUCUGUCCACUCCCAUCUGUGUGGUGGCCUUCCCAGGGCCCCUUGGAUAUAAGCCAGAGUGUUGGAGUAGACAAAGAAGAUAAAUAAGGAGGUUCUCACUCUGCAGACUCUAGGCUAUUUUACUCUUCCUUCAUUUUUAUCAUACAAUAGCACUAAACACGCAUGCACACACACACACACACACACACACACACAUACACAACACACAGACACACCCCUAACUUUUACUGUUUUGUUUUGUAACAAAAGCCAGCUUUUUCCAGCACCAACAUAUAUAUCAUCCAUUGAAAUAAAAAGGAAAAAGAAAGAAAAUGAGUACAUAGAGUUUAAUUCCAGAUUGCUUUUUUUGGGCUUAAGUGGUACCAAAUUUCAGUAUAUUUCUGUCUUAUGUAAAAGAAAUAUAUUGCUAAAAUGUCAGUGAGCACUAAUGUCAGCUGUCAAGGACUAGAUUUACUUUCGCAGGAUAUGGAGCGCAGUGAGCUGAGGUGGUGAGGUGUAUGUGAUCUGUGGGAAUUCUGCCAUUUAACACAGGAGGUGCACAGUCUUCCUUGUCUGCACCCCAGCUCUGACUGCACCAUUGGGCCAUGCAGAGAUGGGCUGGUAGGCAGGAAACAUGUCCCUAUGAGUGCACAGAACAGAUCGGAAGGAAGCAGCAACAUCAAAUGUAUUUCUGAGUAUUUAAACUUUUCACUUCUUUUAUAUAUUUAAAAUCUUAAUGCAAAUGACAUAGCCGUUGGAACAAAGACUCUCCAUGUUGUUUAAAAUGUCUUGCUUUCAAUACAAAAAAAAAUGAAAAUUAGUACCAUGUUCUGGAGAUGGUGUAUGAUUCUUGAUCUAGAAAGCUUUUUAAUAACUUUUCUUCUGAUAGUUUAAAACUUUUGAGAAGUGACAAGAAACCUUCAUUGAGAAGCCUUUUUCGAUAUUUGUUGUAUACAGAAAUUAGGUAAUAAAGUUUCUUUAUAAAA